CCUCCAUUCCUAAGAGAUGUCCUGCUACGACCUGUGCCCCACCAAUAUCGGUGGCAUCAGCCGCCCCCAGCCCAUCGCUGACAGCGGGAAUGAGCCAUGCGUCCGGCAGUGCCCUGACUCCACAGCUGUGAUCCAGCCACCUCCUGUUGUUGUCACCUUCCCUGGACCCAUCCUCAGCUCCUUCCCCCAAGAUUCAGUUGUGGGAUCCUCUGGAGCACCGGUCUUUGGGGGCUCCUCCCUGGGCUACAGAAGCUCCUCCCUGGGCUCUGGGGGCCUGUAUGGCUAUGGAGGCUCCUCGCUGGGUUAUGGGGGCCUGUAUGGCUAUGGAGGCUCCUCGCUGGGUUAUGGGGGCCUGUAUGGCUAUGGAGGCUCCUCGCUGGGUUAUGGGGGCCUGUAUGGCUAUGGAGGCUCUUCCCUGGGCUCUGGGGGCCUGUAUGGCUAUGGUAGAUCCUAUGGUUCUGGCUAUUGCAGCCCUUACUCCUACCGGUACAACAGGUACCGCCGUGGCAGCUGUGGGCCCUGCUAAAUCAUGCAGGAAUAU